UGUAUUGCUAGUAUUUAAGUGAUAAUAACUUCAGAAAUCAAACCGGGUCCAUCCAUUACGGUCGUCUUGCGAAACUCGGUUAAUAAAUAAACAGCAUUUUUCAAAGUGUAGUAGUUAAAUAUUAAAAAAAAUAUACGAAGAAAUCAAAAUAAAAAAGUUAUAUGUAUUUAAAACCCCAUUGAAUAUUAUUUUGCAAAAAGUGUAAUAUAAAUAUAAAUAUAAAUAUAAAUUACAAACAAUAAAUUUUUAAUCUAAACAUGUAUAACAGAAUAAUUCAUAGUAUUGCACUAUUGCUACUGAUAGCUUUAACUUAUUGUGCUGCAAAAGAUUUGCCUGAGGAUUUUAAUAAAUGCAAACGCGAUUCAAGUUUUGAUAAAUGUCUUGUAGAUGCGGUAAACAAGGCAAUCCAAAUAUUAAAAACCGGGAAUAAAGAAUUUGGAAUUCCACCACUGGAACCAUUGGCUGUAAAAUCACUAGUUAUAGAUGCAGGAACAGCACCAAUCAAUCUAAGACAAACAUUGAAAAAUGUCUUAGUUAAUGAUAUGAUAUCGACAAGUAAAAUAACAAGAUACAGAACCGAUUUGGACAAUCAUCUCAUCAUCUGUGACAGUGUAACAGACCGUAUCGAAAUGAUAGGAGAUUAUGAAAUGUCUGGCCGAAUACUAUUGUUGCCUAUUACUGGAAACGGUCGUGCAAAUAUAACACUUGUAAACUCGAAAAUCGAACAUCGUUUGAUUGGUGAGCCUUUCGAAAAGGAUGGUGUAAAGUAUAUGCGCCUAAAGGAUUAUCGUGUUUCAUUUGAUCCAAAACGUGUCUAUAUGCAUUUUGAAAAUCUCUUUAAUGAUGCCACACUCUCACAAACAAUGAAUCGUUUUCUUAAUGAUAACUGGGAAACUGUGUUUAAUGAACUUAAAACUGGAUACGCCAGGAGUUUUGGAAAAAUUUUCCGAGAAAUUUCGAAUCGUCUGUUUGAGAAAGUACCAAUGGAUUUGAUGUUUUUAAGAUAAAUUUUUAACAUGUAUGAAUGUAUUAUAAAUAUGAAAUAAUAUUUAACGUUGUGGUUAGAUGGUUAUAUGUACAUAUAUGUAAAAAUAGUCCUUUCAAAAAUUUUUUAAGUUUUUAUUUCGACUUUUAUAAAUGUUAUUUUUGUUUUCCUUGAUUAUAUAACUGAUUAAGACAUGUAUAUUAAGUACGUAUGUAAAGUUAUGUAUAAAAUGUUUUUAUAAGUAUUCCACUAAAAAUAAUUUAAUAAUUUAAACUAAUACCUAUGUUUUAAUAAAUAUACAUAUGUCUGUAUAUUAAAGGUGUCCAUAAAAUAUGGAUUUUGCUUAGAAGCGCCUUUUUAGUUCAUUAGUUUUUAAAACUAACUGGUGUAUAAUUUUAGCCGAAUCGAAUAACGGGAACCCAUGCUGGAACUCGAUUGAAAAAUGUAAAAUUGGGAGAAUAAAACUACUUUUUAAUUCUUCAAAAAUUAAAAAAAUAUAUAAAAUAUUAAUAUCGAGCGAAAAAAACUAAGUUAUAGGUAUUUUCUUUUUACAAAUAUGUGCCAACAACGACUAAAUAAUGCUUUCUUGAGAAGCCAUUUUUGUUCACACCAUUUCUGUAUGCAAUAAGUAGACCAAGCAAUGCAAAAAUGCAUAAUUAUUUUAAUAAAUGGCUUGGGAUAUUUUCAAUAACUUUAUUGUUUGUUUUUUGUUACACAUUCUUUAUAUCUCGUUGGAUAGAAAAUUUUCUCUCGAUGAUAAGAUUUGGACGAAAUGUUAAAAAAAGUUAAUUUCAAUAGCAACAUAUUUGAAAAAACAAAAAAGUCCUAAAAUUUACCAAUUUUACACUUUCCAAUCGCUUUCCGCAUCUGAUUUGACUAAAUAUCAGUUAAUUUUAGACACUAAUACAUAAAAUAAGAGGCGUCUGAGCAAAAUCGCUAUUUUUUGGACUCCUCUAAUGUAUAAACAUAAAAUAUAUGAAUACGGUACAUCGCUAUUUACUUCAUACUAACAUAACUCAAUAUUUUGAUUAACAAUUUAUUGAUAGUAGUUGGUAUAAUUAUAUUUCUCUUUUGCCAAAAGAGAAAUACGUGAUUCUAAUCAUAUAUUAAAUUGCAAUAUAAUAUGUACAAUUAAACAUUAUUUUACAAGCAUCA